AUGGGGAACAGGAUGUCAUGCCCAAAUGGGCAUGCAGUGAUAUCCAUUGAUUUCUUGCCUUUCAACCCGAAAUGGAAAUGUGAUCGUUGCAAGAAGAAUUUCUCAUCCAAUGACCAAAGGUGGCGCUGCUGCAGCAAAUGCGACUUCGAUCAUUGCACUUCCUGCAUCGAGGCAGUUGACUACAAGCCCAAGCACUCGCACACGCUGGCUUAUGUCAGCUAUGCGUGCAGUGAAUGUGAAGAAAGCUUUGUGGGGGAUCGGGUGUACUGCCCUCCAUGCAAAACUACAUACGAUGCAUGUUAUCGCUGCGCCCUGCUUAAAAUUAUGGCGAAGGAAGCAUCCAGCAGUGGGAAAGUUAAAUCUAUUACAAUCAAUCCAACCCCAUUCUCAUCAGGAGCUACUCGUGAAGUAUUUAAAGUUGAUGCUACUAUGGAGGAUGGUUCGAGAAAAGACUACGUCAUGAAAGCUUUCAAGCCCAAAUUCUUCAAUGAAAAAUGGGACAUGGACGUAUUCGUGAAGAUCCACCUGAAAGCUUGCGAACUUCCAGACCAGUUCAACAAGGAAAUGCAGCUGAACCAUCCUAUCAUUUUCAAGCAACCGAUUCUUCACACAAUCAGUACCACAGUGGAGAAGGAUGGGAAACCUGUAUUUGUGAAGGGAGAGAAAGUGGUCUUGGAACAGUUCAUAUACGGAGACUAUGAGAAAUUCACCUCCAAUUCUGGGUUUAUCCUUGACGGAUACACUGCUCCUGGAGUCUUCACCCAUUAUACGUGGCACAAGACGCGGGAGUUAAUUGUCUGCGAUCUACAGGGAGUACGUCAAAUCACUGGUGACACGAACGACGCCUACUACUUCACCGACCCAGCCAUCAACUCGUUGAAACAAAAUUGGGGACCCACCGACAUGGGAGCUCUAGGAAUUGCUAAUUUCUUCAAGAAUCACACUUGCUCGAAGUUCUGCAGUACGUGGGUCAAACCUUCGCUUGCGGAACAGGCCAAAUUAUUGCAAGUCAGUCAGAAAACUACGUACGCGGCUUCUCGCGCCCCUGGUGGAGCAAAGCCCCAACCCGGCAUGGACACAGAGCUUGCACAGCUCUUUGGCAACUUGUUGGCCAGAAUUGCAACUUCAGGUGGCAAACCGCCGAUUGAUGAUCACACCACAUUAUUGCAAAAUUGUCAAAAAACCACGUAUGCUGUACCUCCCAUGCCCGGUGCAGAGCAAGCUUACAUCCUGAAAGCUUUCAAGCCGAUGUCCUUCAACGCUGAAAUGAAUGUGGAUAUAGUUAUGAAGGUCUACUUGAAAACUCACCAACUUGCCCUGCAGUUCAACCAGGAAGUGCCACUCAAUCAUCCCAUCAUUUUCAAGCAACCAAUUAUUCAUUCAAUUAGUAGCACAGUCGAGAAUGACGGGAGACGUGUAUUUGCCGUGGGAGAAAAAGUUGCCCUGGAACCGUUCUUAGAAGGUAACUUUCAGAAAUUCGUAUCCAAUUCCGGAUACAUUCUUGACGGAUACACUGCUCCAGAGGUCUUCACUCACUACACAUGGCACAAGACGCGAGAGCUGAUUGUCUGCGACUUGCAAGGCGUGCGUCAAAUUGAAGGCAAAAAGGACGACGGGUACUACUUCACCGACCCUGCCAUUGACUCCUUGAAGCAGGAUUGGGGACCCACUGACAUGGGAAAGCAAGGGAUACUGAAUUUCUUUUCCAUUCAUAAGUGCAGCAAGUUCUGCAAUAAGUGGGACAAACCCCCAGCUGAAGACCAAACCGCAUUAUUACCAGUUGUUCAGAGAACCUCCUAUGCUGAUUCUAACGCCAUAGGCAGCGCUAAGUUCCAACCAGGGAUGGACACGGAGCUGGCUCAGUUGUUUUCUCAAUUAUUGUCUGGGAUGUUUUUCACUGAUGAGCCUCAACAAAUAAAUUGA